AUGGCAGCAAGUCUAUCUGCCCAUUGGCGAGAACACCAAACUUUCAAGCUGCUUAGGGGUUGGCGAGGUGAGCUCUGGCCCGUCUAUGGGCGAAAUGGCGAACUCCUUUUCAGCAUGGAGCGCGCUGCUAUUGGCUUACUCGGAACUGUGAGAUAUGGAGUUCACUUGACCGCAUACGUGGAUGAACCUUCUGCACCGCAUGGGAUGCUAAUAUGGGUCCCAAAGCGGGCAGCAAACAAAUCAACAUUUCCUGGGAUGCUUGAUAACACUGUUGCUGGCGGGCUAAUGACAGGCGAGACACCUUUUGAGUGCAUAAUUCGUGAGGCGGAUGAAGAAGCCAGUCUCAUGGAAGACGUGGUUCGUCCGAAUGCAGAAGAAGUCGGCACGGUUACGUACAUAUAUGUCACCGAUGAAAAGAACGUUGGUCAAGCCGAUUUUAUUUAUCCGGAGUGCCAGUGGGUAUAUGACCUAAAACUACCCGCGAGGGUAAUCCCGCAACCAAAGGACGGCGAAGUCGAAGAAUUCAAGCUCUGCGACGUAAACCAAGUCAAGAGGGACCUGGCUUGUGGCAAGUUCAAGGACAACUGCGCCGUAGUCAUGCUGGACUUCUUUAUUCGCCAUGGCAUUCUGAAGGAAGACGAGGAGCCGCACCUAAGUACCAUCCAGGCACGGAUGCAUCGUCAACUGCCUUUCCCAGGGCCGCAUCAAGAAGGGUGGUCAAGAACAUGA